AUGACAACCUUUAUGCGUCUGAAGACCUCAAUCCAGGCCCGAUCCCCAAUUCCAGCUCUCGCUGCAGUACGCACUCAAACACCUCGCACCUCCCUAUACAGAAGCUACGCAACCAAAUCCUCAAAUGAUCCUGAGCAAACCACAACAGACCAACCAGACUCGCCUAACCGCCCAAUCCCAUCUAAUAAAGCAAAGCCCACCCUCCACGAGGCAGAGCAGUCAUCUGUUAUAGACCAAGAGGGAAAUCGGAAAAAGGAUCUUCCGGAAGAUGUGAAGAAACACAAUGCAGAGAUGGAGGAGCGGUAUGAUAAGCCUUUCAAUCAUGCCAAGGAUGAUGGCACGGUUGGAGCUGCUUUUAAGAACUAG